AUGAAGUACGACUGGGUGAGUUCCUACUCAACUGCCCCUACGCCGACGGCUACCGGGUGCUCGGGUCUGCUGCGACCACGGCAAUGUCGUUAUCGUGACUUCCAGAGCCUUUGUUAUCACAGCACCUGUCGUCGAGCUUUUUUGCGGCAGCAUCGUCGCUUACUAAACUCCUCUUCCUCAGCAGUUGUGCCCGCAGAGGCGGGUGGACUGGAGUUGGAGCGUCCGGACGAGCGGCUCUUCACGUGUCUCACAGAGUGUGUACAGCGUAUCCGCGAACCCUUCUCGCCCGAGGAGCCAUUAGACACUCAAGCGGCGGAGACUCUAGAACAGGAGUACAACCGUAUGGACACCUGCAUUCGACGCAUUAUACGUGUGGUCAAGAUGCUCCCCUACUUCAAUGAAAUUGGCAAACCCGCUCAGUUGGGUCUUCUGCGAGCGAAUAUCUACGGAAUGAUAGUGCUCUACUCCUCCUUCUUCUUUGAACGGGAAAUUAGAAAGUUGCGCUAUCCUGUGAAGCAGGCAGAUGGGAGCCUUACGACCGUUACGGUUUCCAUGUUGGACGAUCUAGCGCCCUCCGCCGUCAGCGACGAGAAGGCCUUUACUGCUUUCCUUUCGGGCAAACACCGCCACGCCGCCUCCGCUGCUGUUGCUGCCGCUAGUCUGAGGGAGGACUUCGAACUCUACAAAGUGAGUGUACUCUUGAGUUCCUCAUUGGUUUCACGUCACUCCAGCUCUUGCGUUUAUUCACUGUGCUUAAGUCAUUUCUGGAACUGUGGUAGGUAG